GCCAGCAUGCCCAGAUUUCCUCUGCUGCUGCUGUUGCUCUGGGUCAUGGAGUCUCACGGCUACCCAGUGACUACAGAAACAGAAGAGCAAGAUGUAGAGACGGUCCAGAAAUACCUGGAAAACUACUACAACCUGAAGAAUAAUGGAAACCAAAUUGAAAAGCGGAGACGCAGUAGUCCAGUGUCUGAAAAAUUGAAGCAAAUGCAGGAAUUCUUUGGGCUGAAAGUGACUGGGAAGCCAGAUGCCGAAACCCUGAAGGUGAUGAAGCAGCCCAGAUGUGGGGUGCCUGACGUGGCUCAAUUUGUCCUCACGGAGGGGAACCCUCGCUGGGAGCAAACACAUCUGACCUACAGGAUUGAAAAUUACACGCCAGAUUUGCCAAGAGCGGAUGUGGACCAUGCUAUUGAGCAAGCCUUUCAACUCUGGAGUAAUGUUUCACCCCUGACGUUCACCAAGGUCUCUGAAGGUCAAGCGGACAUAAUGAUAUCCUUUGUUAGGGGAGAUCAUCGUGACAAUUCUCCCUUCGAUGGACCCGGAGGAAACCUUGCUCAUGCUUUUCAACCAGGCCAAGGUAUUGGAGGGGAUGCUCAUUUUGAUGAAGAUGAAAGGUGGACCAACAACUUCAGAGAUUACAACUUGUAUCGGGUUGCGGCUCAUGAAUUGGGCCAUUCCCUUGGACUCUCUCAUUCUACUGAUAUUGGGGCUUUGAUGUACCCCAACUACAUCUUCAGUGGUGAUGUUCAGCUAGCUCAGGAUGACAUUGACGGCAUCCAAGCCAUAUAUGGACCUUCCCCAAAUCCCACCCAGCCAACAGGCCCACAGACCCCACAAGUGUGUGACAGUAAGCUAACCUUCGAUGCUAUAACGACCAUUCGCGGAGAACUGAUGUUCUUUAAAGACAGAUUCUACAUGCGCACAAAUUCCUUCUACCCAGAAGUUGAGCUCAAUUUCAUUUCUGUUUUCUGGCCACAACUGCCAAAUAAACUUGAAGCUGCUUAUGAAGUUGCCUAUAGAGAUGAAGUCCGAUUUUUCAAAGGUAAUAAGUACUGGGCGGUUCAGGGGCUGAAUAUGCUACACGGGUACCCCAAGGACAUCUACAGCUCCUUUGGCUUUCCUAGAACUGUGAAGCAUAUUGAUGCUGCUGUUUCUGAAGAAGACACUGGAAAAACAUACUUCUUUGUUGCUAACAAAUAUUGGAGGUAUGACGAAUAUAAACAAUCCAUGGAUGAAGGUUAUCCCAAAAUGAUAGCACAUGAUUUUCCUGGAAUUGGCCACAAAGUUGAUGCUGUUUUCAAGAAAGAUGGAUUUUUCUAUUUCUUUCAUCGAACAAGGCAAUACAAAUUUGAAGCGAAAACUAAGAGAAUUUUGACUCUCCAGAAAGCUAAUAGCUGGUUCAACUGCAGAAAAAAAUGAACAACUGUUACAAAGUUCCAUGAAAAAAAUUUAUUUCAUGAGCCCA